AUGAAACCGACAGGUUGGGCAAGCACGCCGCUUCAAGAAGAGAACUGGACAUUGUCUCUCGCAGACCUGGAGGCCAUAUUUGAUGAGUGCGAAGAGCGUGGAUUUAACUGCCGUCAUUUUCGAAGGUUCGUGGAAACCGGUACUUUUUUGGGUCAAACUGUGGUCGCACUGUCAGCACACUUUGAUGAGCUCCAUACAAUAGAAGUGGACAGCAAGCUCUUCGAGGCCGCGAAGCUGGCAUCUUGGAAGGCAGCGCAUCCAAUUCAUUUUCACCUUGGACAUUCGGCACAUGUGCUGGAGAAGAUCCUCCCUCGCUUGAUGGGCCCAGCUGUUUUCUACCUCGACGCACAUUACUCGGGUUCAGUGACAGGCGGUGCCUUUUCGGAAGUCCCUCUGCUGGAGGAGCUGGUUGUUUUGGAGCGGCAAUUUAUGCAUGCAGGCCUUGUCGUGAUUGAUGAUAUGGAUCUUUUCAGCAAAGUGAAUUCCUUUGAGAUGGUGAGCGGCAAGACUGGCAAGAGUCGCGGAGAGAGAGCAUCGGACUGGCGCGCUAUCAGUUGUCAGUCAAUUUGUAGGUGCUUCGCCCCCCAGCGAGUGCAACGCAGCUUUCCCAGCCGUUCAGGAAACCGCUACAUCCUCUGUCUAGGAGCCACGACCAGUGGCAAAGAUUCCGAGCCACCACAGCUGAACACCGCUUGCUUGACUUAUGGCGCUGCUUGCCCGGACCUGGCCUGGAGAUCCUACGGUGCUUCACACUGGCUCUCUGUCCCUGGCCAUCCGCUGAGCUUGGACGGCCUCAGACAUCUCCGUGCCGAAGGCCCCUGGUGGUCCUCCAUUGCCGAUGCCAUGGAGACUGAGCAUCGCAACUCCCUGGGCAGCUCUUCGACACAGUUUCUGGAGGUGGUUAAGCAAAUGAGCGAUGCGAGGAGCAAAACAUCGAAGCUUUGCGAGAAGUCAGUGGACGUGAAGCUUACUCGCCAACAAGCGAUCAUGAUGCACGAUGAUUUGCUGGAGGUGUACAUGGACGAAGGCUUUCAGCGAAAAUUGGAAGCAGCCUGGAGUGCUGCCGGCGACAAACGGGCGCACCAACAGAAAGCCAAGCGAGAGGUGUGUCUACCACUGCAAAUGCCCAUCGUUGCAAAGUAUGGCUUUGAACCCACUGAGAAGGGAGUCUUUGCGAGUCUCUGGUCUAUCCGCACCACUUUCUUCAACUUCGCGACCGAAGCGAGCAUGGAACUGUCCUGCUGUCCGGACCGCACUCAGGAGCAGAGCUCCAACAACACGUUGCAGCCUGGGCUUCCCGAACGUACAACAAUCAGACGGUACAGCGCCGCGUCCUGCCGUUUGUGA